AUAUUCAGGCUGGAACUUUCAAUUCAACACCACAACUAAGAGUCUUGAGGCUGUAUCAGAACACGUUAACACACCUCAGAUCUGACAUGUUCACAGGGCUGGGAAACUUGGAGACCCUUAGCUUAUACAUUAAUGAGAUGAGUGAAAUUCAGGCUGACAGUUUUAAUUUCACACCACAACUGAUAGGACUGUCCCUGUCUAGAAACAAGUUAACAAACCUCAGAUCUGACAUGUUUACGGGGCUGGGAAACUUAGAAGAACUUUGGCUGCACACUAAUGAGAUCAAUGAUAUUCAGGCUGGAACUUUCAGUUUAACACCUCAACUGACAAAAUUGUACCUGCAUAAGAACAAGUUAAUCAGCCUUAGUGCUGGCAUGUUUACAGGGCUUCCAUCACUCUCUGAGCUUCAGCUUCAGGACAACCAAAUGGUGACUCUGCCCUCAGAAGCCUACAACAAACUAUUAUCAAUCAGGUCUAUAAACAUCAACAACAACCCCUGGCAGUGUGACUGUAGGAUGCUUCCCUUCAGGCAAAAGAUGACUGGGUAUCGUUCAUUUGAAUACCAAAUCACAUGUGAAGGACCGAGCAACUUCCAUGGGCAAAAGCUUAAAGAUAUCAGUCCUGAAGAUCUGAUGUCAGACUGUGAAGAACCAACAAUACUGAAGUUUGAAAGGGUUCACAAUAACACAGCUGUAGAGGGGGAGACUCUACAUUUGGUCUGUGAAGCUUCAGGAAUCCCCACACCAGACAUCACAGUCACCCUCCCAUCUGGACUGAAUGUAACUGUUGAGUCACUGACAGGUAGAAGGGUGACUGUGGAGGUGAAUGGUACCAUCCCCAUAACCAAAUUGAAUGUUACUGCAGCAGCAGACGAUGGUCUGUAUGUCUGUGCUGCAACAAGUCCUGUUGGCUCAACAUUUGCCACAUUGCUUGUAGAUGUCCAAAUGAAUGUGGCCACAACUGGUACAGUCACUACAGCGGACACAACUGGUACAGUCACUACAGCGGACACAACAGGUACAGUCACUUCAGAGGCCACAACUGGUACAGUCACUACAGUGGACACAACUGGUACAGUCACUACAGCGGACACAACUGGUACAGUCACUUCAGAGGCCACAACUGGUACAGUCACUACAGUGGACACAACUGGUACAGUCACUACAGCGGACACAACUGGUACAGUCACUUCAGAGGCCACAACUGGUACAAUGUCACCAGUAAGUUCACCCCUUGCUGUGACAAACACCAGCUUAAACAAACCAGACAGUAGUACUAGCUUCUCCCUCCCUGUUCUCAUUGGCUGUGUGUGUGGCUCAGUAGCAGGUACUGUCCUUCUUGGCGCCAUCAUUUUCACAGUCUGGUACAAGAGGAAGACCCAGAACCCUCCCUCAGACCCAACCCCUCCAGUCGUCUUCAGUAAUGCCUCAGCUAGUGUCACAAUCAGUGGGCAAGGUCAGACAGGGCAGGGUGGGGCCCAGCAGCCUACAGGUGAAUCCCUGAAUGCGAGACACUCAUCAGACCACGCCCCAGGCCGUCCUACCUCUCUUGAGUAUGAAGACGUUUCACUGCCAAAAAGGAACAUGAUGCCCAAUGGUGCAGGUCCGAGACAACCACCUUCCAAAUACCAGUCCCUUGGACCCAGACAACAACCUGCUGAAUAUCAGUCACUGGAACCUAUGAAACAAUCGUCAGAAUACCAGUCCCUCGGACCCAACAAAAACAGAGUUCCCAGUGAUGACCUCCCCCCACUUCCCCUGCCAACAGGUGCCAAUAACACCCAACACUACUACCAGUCCCUAAAAAGACAUAUAUAAGCAUUCCAGACUAAACGUUUAACUAAAUAGAAUUCUUACACCACCUAUUGGUAUAUACUAGUAGGUAAUUCUUUGGGAUGAUGUCUAUUUCUGCCCUCGUGCCAUUACAACUGGGGGCUAGUCUCUUACAAGGUAGCAUUGCGUGUUCAACUUCCAUACAUUUUUACUUUCAAAGGUUUUGGCAUGACCCAGCCAAGUUGAUUUUAUAAGCAACAGAUCCUUUAGUUAUUGAACCUUAUUCUACCUUAUUUUAACCUACUGAACACUUUGUAAGAACGUCUGUCUAAGCCUUUUAGAUGUAAAUAGUGCUUUAUGCAUUUAGCAGGUUAUCUUAGUAUUAAACCACAAUUUAGCCCUAUUAGUACUAGUAGGGCUUUGAAAAUGUACGUUUUAGUGUGUUGUGUACCGCAUAAACCAGUUAAGCAUCUAGGACAUUGUAUUACCUUAGAUUAUUGAAUAGAUUUAAUCAAUAACCAAAUGUAUCACUUCAACUCUAAUGUGACUAUUCAUUAUGUUAGUUAAUAAUUAAAUGACUAAUUAACUAAUCAUAUAGAAUAUGCAAACUUGAGGUAAAAGAGAUGUACAUAUUGGACAGUCAAUGUCUCCUAUGCAGAAUAUGUGUGUGUCUCAUGUAUGCAUCAUUGGAACUUAUAAUAUUACUAUACAUUAUUUUGUGUUUUUUCACCAUUGGUGACUAAGUCUUAUAAAAAGUAUGCAACAUAUUCAGCACUGAAAGUGUUGAGUGAAAAUGCAUGCAAAAAAAGUGUUUGUUGGACUAGCAUCAUAAUGAUUGUAUCUCUCUGAUUGAAAUACAAUGUACUCUGACUUGCAUAUGUUAAAGAUGACCGAAAAGUUGUUAAUGUAUGCCUGAAGCUGACACAUGUUUAUGGCUUUGCUUUUAUCUAAUAAAAACAAUAAUUGCACUGUUAA